UGUGUUUUAAUAUAUUACUGACCGUGAAAUAACGUACAGUUUGUGUUUCAGGAUUUUGUGUUAAUAUUGUGUAUUUUAACUUUGUUAUAUUAUUUAUUAUCUACUAUUGUAAUGAUGGAAUUUGUUAUCGUUUUGAUAUUUUGUGUGGUUCUUGUGAUUGCUGUAAUGGUAAUUGGUUCCGGAAUGGGGAAAGCUACUUCUUCGCAGCGUCAGAUGGACAUCAUUAACGUCGCUCAGAACUUAUAUGUUUUAAUUAGGAAAGGCGACUUGAAGAAAUGUGACGUUACGCAGACGACCGCGUUUCUUCUCAACAUCGCAAAGUCAACUGUUCUCAAGUACUACAAGAAAGACAUUGAAGAAGUUUCAACACCAGGAAAAAAGAGGAAAAAAAGGCCACAGGAAGGAAAGUCACUUGACACAGUCGACGAUUUCACAGUAAAUGCAAUCAGGAAUGCAAUUUACAGGAUGUACGCUGAAGGUUUGAAUGUUACAGUCGACACCAUUUUGAAAGAAAUCAGGGAAAGACAAAUAGAUUAUUAUGGUGGAAGAUCAAGUCUUCAUAAAUUGUUAAAGAAGAUGGGAUUUUCAUGGACAACUGUUGAUGGACGAAAAGCUUUGAUAGAGAAUGAAAACAUAGUAUUGAAGCGAAUAGAUUUCUUGAGAAAGUAUAAAGAAGAAAAAGAAAGAGGUGCCAAUUUCAUAUUUGUUGAUGAAACAUGGAUUUUCCAGAGAGGCAAGGCAUUAAUUUAUUUGAAAAUUUGUUCUGUGGUCCAAUACAAAGUAUUUAAUUUCCAUUUCAUAUAUUUUUCAGGAACUGUAUCAAAGUCAUGGCAGGACAAGAGUCUACAAUCUGCGAAGAGACAUACUGUUGGAGAUGGUAAAAGGUUUAUUGUUGUUAAUGCUGGAGGGCGCACUGGCUUUGUGCCAGGAGCAGGAUUACUUUUUGUUUCAGGUCAGAAGACUGCAGACUACCAUGGCGAGAUGAAUGGGGAAACUUUCUUGAUGUGGUUUGAAGACAUGUUGGUGCAUCUGGAGGAACCCAGUGUCAUUAUAAUGGACAAUGCUUCAUAUCACAGCACCCAGGUUGAGAAAACACCUACAACGAACUGGACCAAGGAUGCACUGAUCGCGUGGCUGGAGAAGAAUGAGAUAAAACAUGAAAAUAAUUUGUUGAAAGUGGAGCUGCUGAGAAUAGCUAAACAAAACAAGCCCCGAAUACGAUGGGCGAGGUGUGUGGAUCACGUGGAGAAGCUAAUUCAAGCAGACUGGGAGAGAGAAGUCCACAUAGACAGCGGCACCAUUCCUCCACUCAUCAUCCACCUCGGCGAGGAUAGUUCAAGUGAAGACAGUGACAGCGAAGAAUUUGAGGUUACGACACAGCAAGUAGAUGGAGACAGUGAAGUACUGGCAGUUCCUCUUGAUGAUUUACCCGGGUGUUCUUAUUGAGGUCUGUAUGUAAAACACCUGGGCAACUGUAAGUAUUGGGGUUUGAAACAUUUUUUUUCUUUUAUGCAUUCCCAUUAAGUAUGUUGAUUACUGGAACUUUAUGUAUUAACUUUAUAUUACACAUAUUAUAAAAUUAAUAAUAAAUUUCAUUUCUGGAUUCGUAUAGGUGUAUGUGAAACAUUUUAUUUUGUUGUGUCUCUUCAUUUUUCAGUGAACUUACUUGGAAAACAAAAAGCCAGUCCCCAUCCAGGGCCACAAAUAAAUAAUGCAUAUAAGUGGUAUAGAAAUUACUGUCAAUUCUUUACCACAAUUUUACUGUUCAUAAAAUUAUGAUUUUGUCUAAUAAGUAUACUCAGGAAAAUGUAUAUAACCAUAUUUUUAUUUGUGGCCUUAACCGGCAAAAUGGUAGGGGUUUAUUAAAUAAAAGAAGAAAAUUCAUUUUUAAAUGUUUUCAUCUGAAUUUGUUAAUUUUAUUAAACCUUCAAUCCUUAGUCUUUUCCAGAUUGCUUAGAUGGACAGCCAUAUGUAUAAUUUACAAUACUUUUUUUUUCAGAUGCAGAAAACUGUGUUGAACUGUACUAAAGGAUGAUAUUUAUUGCUUACAUAAAUGUUGUAAAUUUAUAUGUUCUCCUAAAAAUUUACUUUAAAUUAUAUGUUAUUUCUUUAGCUAACAAACUUAUUUUUUAAUAUUUUUACCAUUGGGUAUCAUAAAUGUUAUGCACAUAUACAUGUAUACUUAGAUCAUAUUC